AUGGCAAACUUCACGAAACUCAAGGACGUGACACCUAACAGACCUGAGGGCACAAAGAUGCAUGCAUUUGUUGAACAAACAAAUCAGAUGAGAAGAUUUAAGUCAUGUCUUCAUGAAGGGGAGUGGAAGAUUCUAAGUGGAUUGUCUGUGGUGAUGGUGAAUACUGAUAUCUGUUUGACAGAAGCCAGAAUGAAAAUUGCCCUCACGUCCAACACUCAAGUCACACCCGUAGAGGACUCAGAUGCUUUAAUUCCGCUUGACAUCGUGCCUUUCGAAUAUGUUUCGAAUCUAUGGAAUGCUGAACAAACUUAUUUCCCAAGAGACUUUCUAGGGAUUAUAGUUGAAGUGGAAGAAACAAUGGUGACGGAAGAUGAAUCUAUUCCUAGCAAUCCAUUUAAUGAUGCUCCUAAGACCAACAACACGAUAGAUUUUACUCUGAAGGACAACGAUGGGGAACAAAUAAGAAUGUCGUGCAAAGGGUGCCUUGCCUUAGCAUCUAAGCUUAAACGGUUUUGGAUUUACUAUGGUAAAGCAGAACCCAUCAUAUGUCUUUUAAACGAUUGGCGGGUUCUUGAUAGAUCCGGUCGUGUUGAUAUCGAGAGUGAAGAAGGGAUUUCUACAUUUGAAUUCAAUCCUACUGGCUUUGAUGAGGUUGACCAUUUCAUUGAUAUAAUGAACACUUCCGCACAAGACAGCGAAAGCGAAGAAGAUGAUGUAACAAUCUACGAUUAUUUCAAUGGCUGUAAAAGCGACAAUAAGAGUUGA